AUGUCGGAGGUGCUGGUCCGGGUGGGCGUGGAGCUCCUGGACCCUCGGGGUCGCUCGCCCCUGCAGCUCGCUGUCUGUCUCGGGCACUUGGAGUCGGCGCGAGUCCUGCUUAGACACGGAGCGGAUCUGAGCAGGGAGAGCCAGCACGGCUGGACUGUGUUACAGGAAGCCGUUAGCACUGGGGACCCGGAACUGGUGCAACUGGUUCUGCAGUUCAGAGAUUACCAGCGAGCCACUGAGAGACUGGGAGGAAUUCCCGAGCUUCUGAGCAAACUACUUAAGGCUCGCGAUUUCUACGUGGAGAUGAAAUGGGAGUUCACCAGCUGGGUGCCCCUGGUCUCUAAGGUCUGCCCCUCUGAUGUGUAUCGUGUUUGGAAGAGCGGUUCUAAGCUGCGUGUCGACACGACUCUGCUGGGCUUCGAGCACAUGAGCUGGCAGAAAGGGAGGCGCAGCUACAUCUUCAAGGGAGGGGAUGAGGGCGCUGUGGUGAUGGAGCUGGACCAUGAGAAGCAGGUUGUGUACACAGAGACCCUGUCUCUGUCCCUGCAGGACCCCGAGCUGCUCCUGAGCGCAGUGGAGCCGAGCGAGGAGAGCGUGGCUCAGAGACUCACCGCCCCCAUAGUGUCCACACACCUCGAUACCAAGAACAUCGCCUUCGAGAGGAACAAGUCUGGUAUCUGGGGCUGGCGCUCUGAGAAGAGUGAGGCCAUCAGCGGCUAUGAGGCCAAGGUGUACAGUGCGACCAACGUGGAGCUCGUGACCCGAUCAAGAACAGAACACCUCUCUGACCAGGACAAGAACCGGAGCAAAGGAAAUAAGACUCCUCUGCAGUCAUUCCUGGGGAUCGCAGAGCAGCACACUGCUCACAACGGGUCUCACGUGACACAGUGUGCCACUCCCACGAACCCCACUGCCAUCACCCCCGAGGAAUACUUCAACCCCAGCUUCAACUUGCAGUCCCGAGACAUCGGGAGACCGCUCGAGAUCACCAACAAGAUCCAGAGGUUCAAGGCGACGCUGUGGCUGUGUGAGAAUCACCCCCUCUCUCUCACAGAGCAGGUCACCCCCAUAAUCGACCUCAUGGCCAUCUCGAACGCCCACUUUGCCAAACUGCGAGACUUCAUCACCCUAAAACUACCUCCUGGCUUCCCUGUGAAGAUAGAGAUCCCUCUCUUCCACGUGCUCAAUGCUCAGAUCACGUUUAGUAAUUUCUGUGGCUGUGAUGAUCCUGUCAGCUCCCUCACAGUCAGCUCUCCUGCGCAGGACAGCCAGGAGCCUGCAGGGGGCGCCACUGCCGGAGCCAGCCAAGGUCCCUCCCCUCCUCUGAUGUGUGAAGUGGACCCCUCCGUGUUUGAGAUCCCCCCAGAAUACACAGCGGUUGGCGCGGGCCCGAGCGAACCAAUGAGAGACGAGGAUGACGACCUGCUUCAGUUUGCAAUACAGCAGAGUCUCCUGGAUGCAGGAACAGAGUCUGAGCAGGUCACUAUCUGGGAGGCCCUGACUAACACCAGACCCAACUCGAACCCACCUCCACUUGAAGAGGACAGCCAGCUGGAAAGGUAG